CCACCGCAUGCUGAAAGUGGAUAAACUAUUUCUAUGGAGUUUCUCAGGAACGAGAAUUUAUGGCGCCCAGAAUAUCAUCACUUUAUUGUUUGGUAAUAAUAGGGUUACUAAUAGAUUCCGGAGAAGCAGGAGGUUCCUUGAAAUUGAGCUUAGGCUUCACUACUCUGUCUCCGCCUGAGGUCGUCAUCCUGAGAAAUCAUCCAUUGCUGCUCAAUUGUUCUGGAUACUCAGAGGAGGGUCCUCUUCAGAUUUACUGGAAAUAUAACGAUGUUACCAUAAGGGAUAAACAUUUCCAAGUACUCUCCAAUGGCUCUCUAUAUAUUGAAAGAACAGUAUCUCAAAGAAGGAGGGAGCGUCGAUGGGAUGGAAAUUAUACCUGUCUGCUUAAGAACAGAGUGGGAAGUCUUGCAAGCAGACCCAUCCGUGUAAUUUUUGCUCGUAUGUCCAAAACCUUCACAACUGAACCUCAACCACUCACUACUCAUGAAGGUGGACAAGCUCGUUUUAGUUGCCAAAUUUAUGCUGUGCCGCCAGCAGACAUCUCAUGGUACAAAGAUGGCAUAAAACUACCUCAAAAUAACAGCAGGUACACUUUCCUACCCUCGGGUACACUGCAAAUCACUGGGGUUACACUGAAUGAUGCAGGUGACUAUAAAUGUCAAUGUUCAAAUAUUGCUCGACAAAGGGACAGCUCAGAAGCUGCUUUAACAGUUCUCCCCAGAGUUGAACAAUUCCAACCACCAGUAUUUUUAAGCCCUGGUGAAGAAAUGACAGCUAUUGCAAACAAGCCCGCAGUUCUUGAAUGUCUUGCUGAUGGUUUUCCUACAGUUGAGCUUAGUUGGAAGAGAGAAGAUGGUGAAGAAAUACCUGAUCAUUUUCUGAGGAGUGGAAACCUUUACUUUCCCAAAGUACAACCUAAUCAUUCUGGAUCCUAUAUCUGUACAGCAAAAGCUGUGAAUAAAGAAACUAACCAAAUCCUUGCUGCAAUACAAAAAAUACCACUUACUGUCCAUGUGCCACCAAAAUUUUCAAAAGUUCCUGUAAGCCAGAUAAUCCCAACUGCUCAGACAGUGCGAUUUGAUUGUGAAGUUGACAGCAUUCCUGCAGCCUCUAUACAGUGGUUGAAGGAUGGUGAACAAGUCUAUAUAAAUGGGAGAAUAAAAUUGAAGCCUGGUAAUACCUUAGUGAUUUCCCAAACAGUAACAACAGAUUCUGGAAUUUAUCAGUGUGUGGCAUCCAAUGUUGCUGGAACAGUUGUAUCUGCUGCUAGAUUACAAGUGAAUGCUUCAAGUGACCAGCCUCAGCCCCCUUCAGGCUUGAAAGCAUUUACCAUGUCAAGCAGUGCCAUUGUACUUUCUUGGGAGCCAGUUGCUUCUCUACCUUCUGCUCCAAUACAGGCCUAUACUGUCCACUAUGUUCCAUCUAAUGGUGGUGUUGAACAGGAUGCUGUAGCUGUAAAUACAUCUCUGUUGAUUGAGCGUUUAAAGCCUUAUACAAACUACACAUUUUAUGUUAGGGCCUACAGCAAUAAAAGUGCCAGUGAGCCAUCUCAACCUAUAGUACAAAUGACAGGAGAGGAUGUUCCUCUUGCUGCACCUAAAGUAACUCUUUCAAGCAUAAGUCCAACUACACUUCAAGUUCAGUGGGAACAAUUACCUAUGUCCAAAGCCCGUGGUGUUGUAACGGGGCAUCGUAUUUAUUAUCGAAAACAUAAACAGGCUUCUUCAACUGUUCGUUCUUCUAAUGUUGGGAAUGAAUAUACCAUAACAGGUCUAACUCCAAAGCAGAAAUAUGAUGUCCGAGUACUCAGUGGCACAAAAGCUGGCUUUCCCACUUUAACAGAUGAGGCAUGGCCAUGGGUGGUACAUGAGAUGCCCCCACUCUCCAGUUCAAAAGUGCCACUUCCACCUACAGUACAUCUGACUGUUUUGAACAACACUGCUCUACAAGUGGAAUGGAGCAUGCCUCCUGAUAAUCCUUAUCCAGUAGAUGGCUACUAUUUGUCAUAUCGACAACAAAAUAAACCAUUAAAGCGCCGUAUCACUAUACCUGCCAACACUACCAAGUUCCUCCUUUAUGACUUAGCUCCUCAAUCAUGGUAUGAAGUAUACCUAGUUGCAUUCAACAAAAAAGGCGAGAGUCAAGAAGCUGUACGUAAAAUCAUUACAUCUUCUGGGGACAAUCCUGAGGCUGAGACUGUGGAAGUUGUGGAACCUCCACAUCAGUUGGAAGCAGAACCAACUAGCUCAACACAAAUCCGUCUCACAUGGAAAGCUCCUGAAACUAGUAGAAACAUUAGUUACUACACUGUUCGUUAUCAUCCAGUCUCUGCCAGCGGCCUAGUCAAUGAAUCUUAUAUCCGAAGUACAAAUAAUGAGGUUCUGAUUACGGAUUUGCAACCUUAUACUCUGUAUGAAUUUGCUGUUCGUUCACAUGAUGUGGAUAAACGCCAAGGUCCUUUUAGUCCAACAGUGGAGUGCAGAACUAAAGAAGCUAUACCAUCUGCUCCUCAAGACUUAACUUGGUCUCCUGUUGAUGCAAACUCCAUUCGUCUUAAUUGGCAGCCUCCCAAGUACCCUAAUGGUGUAAUUCUUGCCUACUGCAUUUUGUACAGUACUCGGAAUAGUAAAAAUCUCGAUACCUGGAGUUACAAAGAAGAGAAAGGUACGGAAUCUACAACUAUAUUGACUGGCCUUGCAAGCAAUACUCUGUAUUACUUACGUAUGAGGGUGAAGAAUGGAGCUGGAGUGAGCCUUCCUACAGAGACAAUGAACAUCAACAUCCCUGUCAGACAUAACAAUACAAAACUUCCUAGUCAAGAAAAUUUUAACACUCAAAGUCCCGACCAAUAUCUUGGAAUUAUUAUUGGAGCAUUCAUAGGCUUAGGUUGUCUCAUAAUAUGUGCAGUCAUCAUUAAAAGUCGUAAUAGAUGUUGUCCCACUCCACCUGCUGAUCCUCAUGCAAGCGAUGGGAGGUACUCAGCAUGCCGUGGCAAUGGCUAUCUUCCCCAAAUGAAUGGUCACAUACUCAGAGGUCUGCCAGCUGAGAAACGAUCCUCCAACAGAGAGAGUCAGGAAAUGGAGUGUUUUACUCCCAUGUUAAACAGUUGUCCUAAUGGCUCCAAUGAUCGCCAUUUAGACACCAAGGGUGGUUAUGGAAUGUGCAAUGGCAGAGCCAAUGGUAUUCCUUCACAAAUAUUAAGAAAUAGCCAUUCUUCAUUAAGUAGCCAACAGGGUUUAGUUGGAAGCAGUCCAACUCCGAAUUCUGAUCACCCAGUACCCCCAAACUCUAAACGUUACACGGUGAAUGACCGCAAAGUUGCCGAGAACAACUGGAUGGAUGAAGCAGGAGACAUCACAUCGUCCACUGUCCUCCUUGAUGACGAGGAUGACACGCGACCUGCCGAAACAGACCCUCCCACAGCAUCAAAGAAUGACACCCUUGCAAAUGGUGCUAAUAACACAAAUGUCACCGAAAGUUCCUCCAACAUCCAAUCAAAAGACUCCACAGAACCACACACCACUUGCACAGUGCCACCUGUCUCCAUAUCGCCCCGUUCUCACCCUACACCACGAGACUGUCUGUCAGACAGCGACCCCACUUGCGUGCCAUCCACCUCAAACUCUCCCCCUGGCGAGAGGAGUCGCAACUCUGCAAACAGCAGUGAGCCACUCCCAUUUUCAGUGAAUGCAUUUCUCUCGCCACUUGCUGGUCCUCGAUUUUCUCAGUCGUCCAACUCGGACGCUGUCCCUGAACCGACUUAAGACGAGAUCUGAUUUCUCCGUUCAACAGCGCAGACCUACUGAAGUGCAAAAUAGAACUUUAAACUACUCCAUGAAGGAGCAUGGGGGAGGGAGGAUGCAAAAUGUGUGUGUAUGUAUCCUCCCUCGCCAGAAUUUCAUAGAUUUUUGUCAGAAGCGGGUAUUUUUUAUGGACUGUUUUAUAGUUAUGUUACAAAUGUUUAUGCGACACUCGAAAGCAUUCACCAUUACUUUUUCACUUGUACCAUAGAAUACGUAUUUAAAUUUUUAUUCAUUUUAAGAUAACAGAAAGAAAAAUAGAUGUUUUUUUUUUUUAAAUCCAUGUACAUUAUGUUUAUUGAAACUUUUUCCAAGGAUAAAAAAUAUAUAUAUAUAUACCAAGCAAGUGAAAAUGGCACCUGUGUUACGGAGUUAAACUGGAGGUGCACUCUUUUAAAUAUUUUAUUGAGAAAGAGAAAAAUAUGUUUUGAUUAAUGACAUCUUUAGAAUGCCAACAUUCCAAAUGGAAAAAAUAAGUGGUUGUUUCUCAUUAUCAGUUUUGUAUAUAACAGUUAUCACUACCAUUUUUAUGUUUGAAUGUCUCUGUGAGUGUAUGAUUUUUGGUAUUACAGCAGCUGCAUGAAAUAGGGAUAUAAUUGUGUGGAUAACAAAUUUAUGGGGACAUUGGAUUAAAAAAAAAAUUCCAUAUUUGGAAUUUAUUAAUGCCACAGUAGCAUUUGAAGUGCUAUUAUAAAUUUUUAUUUUUCACCCUUGCAGUUUUUUGACUCUGUCUGUACUAAUGAUUUCCUUCUAAGUUUUUAUGCGGUGAAAGAAAAAUGCAAACUGCAUUUUGCUAGUUUGAUGAAGGAAAAAAAAAAAUUUUGGCAUGAAAAUUAAUUUUGAAAAUAAUAUUUACAAAGCAUUCUAAGAAAUGAAAUUCGAACACAUCGUACAAACCAAAUUUGAAACCAGAAUUCGUAAACCAGUUUCUUUGUUACAUUGCCUCUUUAUCUGUAAUAUUGAUUUUCUUCUAAGUUAUUAUAUUAUGAAAGGAAAUGCAAAUUGCAUUUUGUUAUUUUAUGGGAAAUUUUCUGGCAUGAAAAUUAAAAUUAAUAUUGAAAAUAAUAUUUACGAUGCAGUUCUAAGAAAUGAAAUUAGAACAUAUAUCUUACAAAUCAAACCUGAAUUCAUAAACCUGCUUCUUUGUUACUUUACUCCCAUCUUAGAGAAGCUAGAAUUGACAAAAUAUUUUACAAAUAUUUUGAGUAUUGUAUUGUAAAUUAUAAUUUUUUAAAAUUUAAAUUUUACUUCAUAAUACUGUGGCAUUAAUUCAGC